UAAAACGCGCGUAAUUUCAACUGCCGUAAUAGGACAAUAAUGCAAUGGCGAAAGUAAAGUCCAAAAAAUCUGUGAGCAGAAAACAGUUAUUUCCCUCAGGUGUUACAACUGAGAAAGUUAGAGAGAGAAAUCGUAAACAUGUUAAGGUUCAGUCGACAAAAUUGACAGUGAAAUCAUCGCGUGAUCAAUCGAAAAAAGAACACAUCCCCUCCUCUACAUUUAGAUCUACGGAUAACUCAUCUGUUGACAAAACGUAUGUUCUAGAGUUUGAUGACGAAGAUAAAAGAAAAGUUAUUUUCACAAAGGAACAAAUGGAAAAUUGGAAGCCAAUGUCCGAAGAAUUAUUUGACAACAUGGCAAAAACAAUUCAAACUGCCAAACAAUUAAUUUUGAAUAGGUCUCAUGGUCUUUAUCAUGACAGUGUUAAGACAGCCAUGAAUACCUCUGAGAAAAGGUUGCUGGCAACUUUGGAAUAUCUGAAAGUGCCACUUCAACAUGGACAAAGCAUUUCUCCACACUCAAAGGCAUUUGCAGCAAAAGAUCUGGAUCAGUUAGAAUUGCAUGGAUGUGAACUGGAAUUUAGAAUUUCAAAACUGAACAAGGCAUGUGAAAAUCUACAAGAAGACUAUGACAAAAUUGAGUUGAACAAGGAAAACUCAAAAAUACACCCAGUUCUGCAAGAAAACUUUCAACGAUCCCUUAAGCUUCCAGUGUAUAAAACCAUGGGAUCCUAAAGAGUGAUUUAUGCCAAAAGAAAAUCGUCACGGACAUCUGCAUUUACCGGAAAUUAUAUACAUGUCUGUUUCCAGUCCAAUUCAGUGACUUUAUACUGUUGGUCUGGUCGUGCUCUGACAGGGCUUAAAUCUGAAUAGAUCGUGAAAUGAAAUUUUCACAUCAGAUCACGCUAUUACUACAUGUAUCUAUACUGUACGUGGGAGUUAUAGUUUAGCAUGAUUUGCAAUGACACAGCCAAGAUCCACAGAUGACAGGAUUUGAUCCCGUCUACACUGUAAUUACUGAUAAUUCAUAUCAUUAUCUACACUGUACAUUAGUUGUAUAAUUUAUAUAUCAUUCAAUUUGAUACAAAAUGUUAUACUGAGUUUAUUUAAGAAAUAAAUUUUAUUUUUGAAAAUACA